AUGCGAGCGCUGGAGCGGGUGCUGCUGAGGGGCUUCCCCAGCGCGGCGGAGUCGCCGCGGUGGAAACAGAACGAGGCGGCAUCGGCGGCAGAAAGUGGGUCCUUGUUGCAGUUGCUGUUGGAAGGAAAUUAUGAAACCAUCUUACUAAGCGAAGCAGUUCAGAAUAUUUUCACACCACCUGCAGCAGCCAAAGAAGAGAAGUUUGACAGCUAUCUAGAAAAACAGAUUCAAGUUUAUCUGGACUGUUCUUCUGUAGACGUUGAUAGUUUGGAAAGGCAAAGUGUGGUGUUUCUGCUUGGUGUGGGGAGUUUGCAGUUGUUUGUUCAGAGCAACUGGACUGGCCCUCCUGUUGAACUGCAGCCUCAGGACUUCCUGCCACCUGAAUUACUACAACAAUAUGCCAAGCCCAGUGCACUCUCUGCAGCUAUUCUGAGCAUGCUGGUUCUAGAUGGUGAAUCAAUAUAUAGUCUGACCUCCCAUGCUGUCUUGCUGAUGCUAGCUAAAGUAGCGCUUGUAAAUUCAAGACAUAAGCUUGAAGCUAUUCAGACAUUGCCUUGGUGGACUCUACGAUGUGUGAACAUCCAUCAGCAGUUGUUAGAAGAAAGAUCACCUGAACUUUUUGCUGUUGCCCAGACCUGCAUACAGCAAGUGUUGGAAAUGGAGGCUUUGUUCACUGAUGAUGAAUGUUGGCAUCUUGCUGUUCAAUUCCAUCUAGAGUGUGCUUACACAUUUUUGAAUUUUUAUGAAUAUAAAAAAGCCAAACAUCACUUCCUUGCAGCUAAAGACAUGACCAAGUUACAGAUUGAAUUGACAGGUGCUCUGGGGAAAAGGACACGAUUUCAGGAAAAAUAUGUAGCACAGCUUAUAUUAGAUGUUCAAAGGAAAGAUGGCAUCCUUCCUCCUCACUGGGAGCUUACUCCAGCACCUACACCACUAGAAAAUUUAACACAGAAUUACGCUCUAAAUGAUGACACGGUACUAAAUGAAAUAAAGUUUGCAGAAUCUCAUCCCAACCAGAUGCCUGACUUGUGUGCAGAAGAGCUUGCUGUUAUCCUUGGAAUUUGCAUAGACUUUCAGAAAAACAACCCAGUCCAUAAACUUACUGAUGAGGAGCUGCUUGCUUUUACAUCGUGUCUUCUUUCACAACCAAAGUUCUGGGCAAUUCAAACUUCUGCUCUGCUUCUCCGGACGAAACUUGAGAGAGGAAGUAUUCGUCGAGUGGAACGGGCGGUGAAACAAACUCAGGCUCUUGCAGAUCAAUUUGAAGAUAAGAAAACUUCAGUUUGUGAACGUAUGAAAGUAUUUUAUAGUUGCCAAGUUCCUCCACGUUGGGCAAUACAGCGCCAGCUUGCGAGCUUACUGCUUGACCUUGGAUGUACCAGUUCAGCUCUUCAGAUCUUUGAGAAGCUUGAAAUGUGGGAGGAUGCGGUUAUCUGUUAUGAAAGAGCAGGACAGCAUGGAAAGGCAGAAGAAAUAUUGAGGCAAGAAAUAGAGAAAAAAGAAACGCCAGGAUUAUAUUGCUUGCUUGGAGAUGUUCUUAAGGACCAUUUUUAUUACGACAAGGCUUGGGAAUUGUCAAAGCAUCGCAGUGCGAGGGCUCAGCGCUCCAAGGGUCUUCUCCACCUCCGCAACAGCAACUUCAAGGAGUGCAUCGAGUGCUUUGAGCGCUCCGUACAGAUUAACCCUAUGCAGUUGGGAGUGUGGUUUUCCUUGGGUUGUGCAUACUUGGCUUUAGAAGAUUAUGAAGGUGCAGCCAGAGCAUUUCAGCGAUGUGUGAUGUUGGAGCCUGAUAAUGCUGAGGCUUGGAACAAUUUAUCAACUGCAUAUAUCAGAUUAAAGCAGAAGAUCAAAGCAUUCCGGACCCUUCAGGAAGCACUCAAGUGUAAUUAUGAGCACUGGCAGAUUUGGGAAAAUUAUAUUCUUACCAGUACAGACAUUGGAGAGUUUGCAGAAGCUAUUAAAGCUUAUCACAGGCUUAUGGAUUUACAAGAAAAGUACAAAGAUAUCCAGGUGCUUACGAUACUGGUGAAGGCAGUAAUGGAUGGAGUGGACGAUCGAAAUGGAGAGACGACGACAGGAUUGAAGGCAAAGUUACAGGCCCUCUUUGGCAGAGUGACUUCUAGAGUGACAAGUGAUGGAGAAAUCUGGAAAUUAUAUGCAAGACUCUAUGACAGUGGGCAGAGUAAUAACUAUGAAGAUGUUGAAAAGGCACUGCAGUAUCUCACCAAAGCGCACAAAUGUGAAAUCCAGUCAAGGGACUGGGACAAAAAUAUUCCCUCUUUUAAGGAAGUGGCAAAAGGUGCUAUAGAGCUUGCACAUGUGGCGAUAAGAUGCAGCAAAACCAAGUCUAAUCACCAGGAAGCAUUGCAGAUACUCUCUUCAGCUCGACUCAACUUGCGUAGUUUGGCAGCCAAAGCCAAGCAGGUUUUUGCAGAUGUGACAAGUGUCGAUGUUUCUGGAGAGCUAGCUGAAGAAGUGACAGCAAUGGAGAACCUGAUGGUUGAAUUGCAAGAACUUAGUAAUCAACUAAAGAAUCAGACCUGAAAAGAGAAGAUACGGUUUCCUGGA